GUUAGGCUCAGGUGGUGCUGACGCAGGCUGCUGGAGCAGCAGCAGCAGUAGAUGUCGAUGCUGUCCCAUCAUCAGAUCACACCCAACGGGGCUGCAGCGCACCGCUCCUCCGGCACCGACACCAACAUGACACCCAGGUUCAGAACCGCAAUCUGAGCCGCACCGAGGACGAAGCCCAGCGGAGGACACACACACACACACACACACACACACACACACACACACGCACUCAGGCACGCACACGCCCGCACGGACAGACACGAAUAUUGCAGCGAGCAGCAAAGAGGAAACAGAGACGCCGACCGAGGUGAACUCCACUGCGCCGCGGAUUUGCGCUUUUCGCUGCGUCCACCGCGUCCACCGCACGGACACCCGCAAGAGAAACGCUGCUGACCCCCGCACGCCACAGAAAACAUGUCAUCGUCGGGCAAGGACGCCAACAGCGGGCAUUACGCCAACUAUGUGGGACCAUACCGGCUGGAGAAGACGCUGGGCAAAGGACAGACAGGUCUGGUGAAGCUCGGCAUCCACUGUGUCACAUGUCAGAAAGUCGCCAUAAAGAUCGUCAACAGAGAAAAGCUCAGCGAGUCUGUUCUUAUGAAGGUGGAGCGAGAGAUCGCCAUCCUGAAACUCAUCGAGCAUCCUCACGUUUUAAAGCUGCACGACGUCUACGAAAAUAAGAAAUACCUGUAUCUGGUGUUAGAGCACGUGUCUGGUGGCGAGCUGUUCGACUACCUGGUGAAAAAAGGCCGGUUAACACCUAAAGAGGCCCGAAAGUUCUUCAGACAGAUCAUCUCAGCCCUGGACUUCUGCCACAGCCACUCCAUAUGCCACAGAGAUUUGAAGCCGGAGAACUUGUUGUUAGACGAGAAGAACAACAUCAGGAUAGCAGACUUUGGCAUGGCGUCUCUGCAGGUCGGGGACAGUCUGCUGGAGACCAGCUGUGGAUCUCCGCACUACGCCUGCCCAGAGGUUAUCAGGGGGGAGAAGUACGACGGGAGGAAAGCUGAUGCGUGGAGCUGUGGAGUCAUCCUGUUUGCACUUUUAGUGGGCGCUCUGCCGUUCGACGACGACAACCUGAGGAAUCUCCUGGAGAAGGUGAAGCUGGGAGUUUUCCACAUGCCUCACUUCAUCCCUCCAGACUGUCAGAACCUGCUGCGCGGCAUGAUUGAAGUGGACGCCACCAAGCGGCUCACGUUAGAGCAGAUCCAGAAGCAUACGUGGUACCUAGCUGGAAAGAACGAGCCGGAGCCCGAGCAGCCCGUCCCGAGGAAGGUGGCCAUCAGGAUGCUGGCUGCAGCCGAGGAGAUCGACCCCGACGUCCUGGAGAGCAUGCACUCUCUGGGCUGCUUCAGAGACAAGGACAAACUGACCAAAGACCUGCUGUCCGAGGAGGACAACCAGGAAAAGAUGAUCUACUUCCUGCUGCUGGACCGUAAGGAGAGGUAUCCGAGCCAAGAGGACCAGAACCUGCCGCCACGCAACGAGAUCGCAGACCCUCCCAGGAAGCGCGUGGACUCGCCCAUGCUGAGCCGCCACGGUAAGCGGAGACCGGAGAGGAAGUCCAUGGAGGUGCUGAGCGUCACGGAGGGAGGGUCGCCCGUACCGGUGCGACGAGCCAUCGACAUGGCGACCCACGGUCAGAGCAAAUCUGUUUUCAGUAAAAGCUUGGAUAUCACAAACGCUAACUGCAGCAAGGAGGAAAGAUCGCGGUCGAUCAGCGGAGCGUCCUCCGGUCUGUCCACCAGUCCUCUCAGCAGUCCCAGGCCCAACCGGCGGUUUUUCAUCCCGCCCCAGUCCCCAGACUUGUGUCAGUCCCCCAACUGCAGCCCCACCCACUCCCACGAGGUCCGCCUUAACGGGGUGGGGCCUCGCACGCCCAACUCCUACCAGCCAAAGAUGGGGUCUCCCCUCAUGCACCCCCGCACUCAGACCCUCCCCGCCAAACCCAAAGUGUCAGAGAAGCCCCUGCAGACCACCAGGUCCAACCCGCUUCCAAACACCGCCCAGACCCCAACCACGCCCAAAUCUGAGCCCUCCACGCCGUGCCAGCCUCUGGCGCCGUGCAUCCCCAACAGCCCCCGGGUGAGGCGCCACCCUCCCCUCACGGUCCCCCCCAAACUCUCCAUCCCCCUCUCCCCCGUGCCUCCUAUGUCGCCCCGCCGCCGCCACCACCUCCACCCUGACCACAACGGCAAAUCUGUCCCCAUCACGCAGGUGACCCCCCACCCCUCCCCCAGAGGGAGUCCUCUCCCCACCCCUAAAGGCACCCCGGUGCACACGCCCAAGGACAGCCCGACCGGCACGCCGAGCCCGACGCCGCCGCCCAGCCCCUCCAUCGGGGGCAUGCCGUGGAGGACACGCCUCAACUCCAUCAAGAACAGCUUCCUGGGCUCGCCGCGCUUCCACCGCAGGAAAAUGCAAGUUCCCACCCAGGAAGACAUGUCCAGCCUGACUCCAGACUCGUCUCCAGAGCUGGCUAAGAAGUCGUGGUUCGGUAACUUCAUCAACCUGGAGAAGGAGGAGCAGAUCUUCAUCGUGAUCAGAGACAAACCUCUGAGCUCCAUAAAGGCCGACAUCGUCCACGCCUUCCUCUCUAUCCCCAGCCUGAGCCACAGCGUCAUCUCUCAGACCAGUUUCCGAGCGGAGUACAAGUCCACGGCCGGUCCGACGGUUUUCCAGAAACCGGUGAAGUUCCAGGUGGACAUCACCUACACCGAGAGCACCAGCGCCACCAAGGACAACGGCAUCUACUCCGUCACCUUCACCCUGCUCUCAGGUCCCAGCCGACGUUUCAAGCGCGUGGUGGAGACCAUCCAGGCCCAGCUGCUCAGCACCAACGACCAGCCCGGCAUCCAGCCCCAGAUAUCUGAUGGCUCGCCUUCUUUGCCCAAACCCUCCAAGCGUGGUAAGACCCAGAGCGACCGGGAGCUCCCGAAAAAAAAAAAAAAAAAAAAAAACCCAAACACCUUAACUCUGGCUUUUAACACACACUGGCAAACGGGCUGGAGUCCGAUCACCAACACACAGACACCCUUUUUGCACUAACAUGCGUGUGUGUGUCUGUGCGUGUGUGUGUGUGUGUGUGUGUGUGUGAGCUGCAAAAAUUCAACUUAAAAAGUCAUUUACAAAUUUUUAUAGAAUUCGGUACAAAUAAACUAACCGUGUACGUUACACCCCCACAUCUGUGCACUGCAGCU